AUUAGAGAUAUGAUUUCUGACAGAGAAGAUUCUGAAAGUAGAUAUCGAAAAAGGAUUGAGGAACUUGAAGAUGAAAAAGUGGAACUGGCAAAGAAUAUUUCUUCUUGCAACGACAAGUAUUCUAGAUUAAAGAAUCAAAUCAAGAUCACUGUUGCGAACUUUAAGAAUGAUGCUAUGCAUUUUCGCAAUCAAACUAUUCAAAUGGUUUGUGAUGACCAUAGUAUUCCUCAUUCUGAUUAUCCUUGUCUCUUGGAGGAGAUCCCAAAGAACAUUCCCAGUCUGAUUAUUUCUGAUAGCGAAGCUGAUGAUGAAGAAUCUGAUGGUGAUGAAGGUUCUGAUGGAGAUGAAAGUUCUGAUGCAGACGAAGAAGGGAACAAGUCUGAUGAAGAUGAUGAAGGAUCAACUAAGAAGUAGUCUUUGUUUCUUUCUUUAAUCUUCUGUAAU